AUGGCUGGAGGCAAGGAAAAGCCCAUUUGCGGCAGUGAGAAGGAUGGUGCCGAAUAUGACUUUCCCCUGCACGUUGCCGCCGUUUUCAUUGUCUUUUUCGCAUCCAUCUUCGGUGCCGGUUUCCCUGUCGUUGCCAAGAAGGUCAAGUGGAUGAAGAUUCCCCCGAAUGUCUUCUUCUUCUGCAAGCACUUUGGUACCGGUGUCCUGAUUGCCACUGCUUUUGUCCAUCUUUUGCCUACUGCUUUUGCCUCGCUCAACGACCCAUGCUUGCCAGAUCUCUUUACCGAUGACUACCCUGCUCUCCCCGGUGUCAUCAUGAUGGGCUCGCUCUUCAUCCUCUUCGUUAUUGAGAUGUGGCUUCACGAGAAGACCGGUGGUCACAGCCACGGUGGCGCUACUGGCGAGGCUUUCAACGGAGCUCAGUCCGCCGCAGGAGUCCGUGCCAACUUCAACAACCCCAUUCGCCGCGUCGAAAGCUACGAUUCCCAGCAGACCAUGAUGGCCAACCGUGACGAGAAGCGUGGAUGGAACGAGGAAUCCCCCUACCCGGCCGAUGGCUUCCCCUUCCCCAAGGGCGGCAGCGACGAGCUGGACGGCAAGUCGGAGAUGCCAGCCUGGUUCAUCGUCUUCUACGAGCAGUACGUCCGCCAGCGUGACGAGAUGCUCGCCACCAUCAACCGUGCCAUGCCUGCUCUUCCCAACUACCAGCAGCAAGCACCCGCAGCCGGACAGAACUCUUACUUUGACGACGACGUCGAGCAGGCCGUUGACCCUCUGGUGCUCAAGAAGCAGUCUAUGCAGAUUACGCUCAUUGAAGGUGGUAUCCUGUUCCACUCGGUCUUUGUCGGUAUGACCAUCUCCAUCACUGCCGAGGGCUUCAUCGUCCUUCUCAUCGCCAUCGUCUUCCACCAAAUGUUCGAGGGUCUCGGUCUCGGAACACGUAUUGCCGACGUUCCCUACCCCAAGACGAGCCCUCGUCCCUGGCUCCUCGUCGUUGCUUUCGGCUCUACUGCUCCCAUCGGCCAGGCCAUUGGUCUUGCUACUCGCGGCUCUUACGACCCUAACUCGGCCUUUGGUCUGAUUAUCGUGGGUGUCUUCAACGCCAUUUCCUCGGGUCUCCUGAUCUACGCCGCGCUCGUCGAUCUGUUGGCAGAGGACUUUUUGUCCGAGGAAGCUGCACACACGAUGCCUGGAAGCAAGAAGACUGUCGCCUUCAUCUACGUACUUAUGGGCGCAGCCGGCAUGGCUAUUGUCGGAGCCUUUGCAUAA